AUGCAUUCCCUCACAACUUCUCUGCUCUCGCUCUCUCUGCUCUCCACUCCACUCCAUGCAGCAACGACAGCCCGCGUCUGGACACACUUCUACCCGAACUGUCCAGGCGAGCCGUUCUCCGACAUGACCAACUACGAGAACUACAAGGAAUCGGCACCAUCCAAAGACGUCAAGACUGGCAUCUGCGCCAACAUCGGCGUGCCGUCAUACGAGCACAGCCUGGUCAGCGCCAUCUCCGUCGACGCCGAGCUCCUCUCACAUGGACAUGCCCAGAACUUUCCAGACAGUGACAGCCACUGCAAUAUCACUGUGCACGAGGUGCCCGGAUGCAUUGACCCGCCACUGAUCACUAAGGAGAUCCGCAAGGGCGUCGAAGUGAGCAAGUGCGCUACGCGCCAGUUUGCUGCGUACAGUCAGGUGUGGGUUCAGCUGGAGUGCGAGCACCCGGAUAGCCACGAUGAUCACGACAAGAACGACCGCACUGCCGACAAUGAUAGUAAAGACGGUGCGGUCAACGUCGUGACCACCGACAAAACCGCCUCUAUCCAGCAGAGCAGCAACGCCCAAACACCAGGCUCGAACACGGGUUCUUGGUCAAUGGCGCAGCAAGCAAACUCAGAGCGUCGUCCUGAGCAAGAGGGCCGUGUCAACAAUGCCGGCCAUGUUGCCAGCUCGCAGGUUGUCCAUGACUUGCUUGAGAUGCUGAAGCACAAGAACUCCACGAACAUCGUCUCGGGCAAGCACCAUGCCAAUGGCUCGAGUCACCACCUCAAUGGCACGGCGCUUGCUAACAACCGGACCAUGUCGCGCCGGAACUUGUCUGUUCGGCGCAACCGGGUGGCGCGGCUGUACUAA